AUGGAGUCUCUUGCUAGAGUGCACAACUGCCAUCAAACCCUGCACCUCUCACUCAAUCACCGCCGUCCGUCAUUCCCGGAACCCAUCUCUUCUCUCUUCCUCACAACCACCCCAACACCAACAUCGUCAUCAUCAUCAGCACCCGUCAGAGCCUCAUCAUCACCAUCAUCAUCCCCGGACCCACUUCACCGAACGUUCCAAAACCCCAAACCCGCACUCUGCCAAACCCUCAAGUCCCUCCUCCGAAUAACCCUUCCCACCAUCGCCUCCACAGCCACAGCAGCAUUGCUCUUCACGCGGAUGCGCUUCGACCCAAAGGCCCUCAUUGUUCCACCUUCAACCCAAGAACCCGGCCGAGAGAGCAACAGCGUUAAGAUUAGCUACUUUGACCUUAAGGUAAAGAUGAAAGUGGUUGACUUUGUGCUCGAAGUGAAACCAGACGACCAAGCUUGGCAUUUGCUGAAGACCCAGAUUCGUUGCUAUAGCCAAGAGCUCGAAUCCGCCAGAUUUGGGUUCCAAGAGAUAUUGGCCAAAGACUUGUUAUGCCACAGGGCUCGCUGUGGCCACAUUAGGGAGUGUCUGGAAAUGGCUGAUGAACUCGAGGGCUUGUCCAGAGAAAUAGUGGAGGCCAUGGACAGGUGCAGGGACAAGGAAAUCAAGUAUUAUUUGAGGGAUUUCAAGGACUUGGUUGCGCGAGUAAGGGAUUCUAAGGGGGACGUUUUUCGUGCAUUGAAGUAUUUUCAGGAGCUUGAGCACGAGGAGGACAAUGAGCAAUAA